AUGGAGACGCAACCGCUUGAGGUUUGUGGAUUGGUAAUAUGCUGGGCGAGACCGGUUAUGCAGGCUAUUCUUAGUGCCCGUGCCCUCUAUACGGUUGCGGAUUCCGUGGAAGAGAUAUGUGGUGAGAUUGAAGAUGGACUUACUCUUGCAGCUCUAUGGACCAAACUUCAAGGCUCACCCUCGCUUUCAUCGUUCAAUCUCCAACUCAAUCCAACCGUCAAAAGAGCCAUAUGGACGAACCUCCUUGGCAUUCCCACUCUCCGGUUUGAGCCACAACCUUUUUCUUUGGAAUUGGAGGAUGCUGAGAAGCUCAAUUUAAAGAUCUUUGCUCAACCGAGUCUUGCUGAUAACUUUCUUGGCCUUUACGACUCACAAUCUCUCCAACAUGCCCAAAUGAGUGUCCUUCGCCUUCUUGCUAAUGCUAGAGCCAAUGGUAUCACUCAAGCUCAGCUUGCUAAACAGUUACACAUUGAUGCAAAUAACUUCCAUUACGUGUUGAGGAGUCUUGAGUGUCAAGGCUUAGUUGUAAAGCGCUCUGCAAUUGAGAAGAAGAAACAAAUCUCCAAUCAUGGUGAAUCCAAAAAUUAUCUUUGUGUAGCUACCCAUUUAGUAUACUUACGACGAUAUGCGAAACAACUUGCCUCUCAUCAAAGGUUUGAGUUUGAAAUUACCGAAUUCAACUCCCCUGACGGGGAGAAGGAUGCAGAUGGAACCACAUUUGAAACAGAUGUUCAGCUUAAGGAUCAUACACGUCAAAUGCAAGCUAUUUGUGACAAGCUUGCAAAAGCCAAUGGCAAGGUUCUUCUUGUAUCGGAUAUUAGGAGGGAUCUUGGUUGUUGUGGAUCGCGUCCAAGACAAAGGGCUUGGAGACAAAUUUCUCAAAGGUUGAAAGCAGAUGGUAUUGCAGAGCAGUUUGAUGCUAAGGUGAAUGGCAAGAUUGAGGCUUGCCUGCGGCUUCUUGACCCAAUAACUGCUGGAUCUGGAAAUGAAGAUAAAAUGUUGAACUCCAGGAAAAUAUGUCAAGUAAUUGAUCAGCUUGUGGAGCUUCCGAUUGAGCAUCAAAUUUUUGAUAUUAUUGAUGCUGCAGGAUCCUGUGGCAUUACUCUCAAGGAGGAGUAA